ACCCAGGCAGUGAAUGUGGAGAUGGCUCUGAUCAGCAAUGCUCUGGCAGCCUACAACUUCAUAGCAGAGCACCCGGAGAGAGCAGCCUUGUAUUUUGUUUGUGGCGUGUGCCUUGGCCUUCUCCUUUCGCUGUUUGCGCUGGUGGUCCAGAUCUCCUGCCGCACAGACUGCCAGGCCAAGCCGCUUAGGAAGCGAGGUGCACGGGCACGGGGCCGAGGGGCAGAGAGUGCCAGCGACAGCAGUGCCGACAGUGACUCCUCAGACUGGGACACAACUUCGGACCUGUCGGCCCGCCGCCAUCGCCGCUUUGAGCGGACACUCCACACCAAUGUGUUCACCUCGGCGGAGGAGCUGGAGCGGGCCCAGAGGCUGGAGGAGCGUGAGCGCAUCAUCCGGGAGAUCUGGAUGAACGGACAGCCCGACAUACCAGGGACUCGCAGCCUCAACCUCCACUAUUAG